CAUUUUCUCAGUACCCAAACAAUGGUCUGGGAACUCUGUGUUAAGGCUGCUGCCGGUGCUCCUGAUCUUCUUGGAGACUGUCAUCUCCCUCUAGAAUUUCUUUGUCUGGUUUGUUUGUUAUAUACUAUUGACUUGUGCGUGAUGAUGGGUUUUGGUUUGUUUUAAGGUCCAUUCAGCCAGAGGGUUCUGAUGACUCUGGAGGAGGAACAUUUUCAAGGGCUUUGGGUUUGUUGACGAGGAUGAUGAUGAUGAUUGUUGUUAGGUUUUUCGAGGUGAACCCAGAAGGGAAGGUGCCGGUGAUCAAAGUGGAUGGUAAAUGGGUGGCUGACUCUGAUGUCAUUACUGGGAUUCUUGAGGAAAGACAUCCUUCUCCUUCUCUCGCUCCUCCUCCUGUGGUUUUCUCUCUGGAGUCCUUCAAAACCAAGGCACCACCGGACUUUGUAAUUGCAGGAUGGGCAGCGGAGAUUGCUAGGAGAUCAUAAGUCAU